GCGGGUCUUCCCGGCGCAAUGACCACCCGCGCAGAGCUGCGGGAGCGGCGGCCCGGAGUCGGAGUGGGAGUAGUGGUGACUAGCUGUAACCAUCCUCGUUGUGUCCUCCUGGGGAAGAGAAAAGGGUCGGUUGGAGCCGGCCGUUUCCAACUUCCUGGGGGCCAUUUGGAGUUCGGUGAAAGCUGGGAAGAAUGUGCUCAAAGGGAAACCUUGGAGGAAGCAGGUCUUCACCUGAAAAACGUUCGCUUUGCCUCAGUUGUGAACUCUUUCAUUGAGAAAGAGAACUACCAUUACGUCACUAUAUUAAUGAAAGGAGAGGUGGACUUGACUCAUGAUUCAGAACCAAAGAAUGUAGAGCCUGAAAAAAAUGAAAGUUGGGAGUGGGUUCCAUGGGAAGAAUUCCCUUCAGGGGAGCAGCUUUUCUGGGGACUACGUUGUUUAAAGGAACAGGGCUAUAAUCCUUUUAAAGAAGAGUUGGAUCAUCUGGUAGGAUACAAAGGAGAUCAUCUCUAGGUGAACAAGAAGAUUCUUCAAUUUUCUAAAAAGGCAAAGUGAGAUCUAGUCAGACAAUUAAGAUCACCUAUAUUUUGGAAUUCCUGUAUUUUACCUAAAAAGUUCUAUUUGAUUGUUACUUUAUUUAAUCUCUUAAAUACCCACCAUUUUUUCAGCCAAUAAUUGUGAAAAAUAUUUGGGUUUGUGUAAUUGAAUUGCAUUUCAGCCACAGCACAUGUGAUGAAUGGUGAGAUUGUGUAAAUCUGCUUCCUGUGUGUAUAUAAGAUACAUGCUGUGCAUUUUGUUAUUACUAGCUGGCGCGGAGUAGGGUGCAACAGAAUUUGUCUUUGCAUUUCAGUCCAAGUAGAGAUCCUAACUUAACUGCUAACACAGUAUCACUGUUGUGGAAUUUAUCAUGUUUGUUGGUUUUCCCCUUCUCUUUUACUUAAAAAUACGUGCUUGGUAAUAUAUUGUGACAGUCCUUGUAAGUAAAGAGAACACAGGAAAUGAGGGAGCAUUUCCCAUGUUUCUGAUUGAGUACCUAAACCACGAGAAAUGUGGGGCUAUUGUAAAUAAAGCUGCUGUGAACACCCUUGUAUGUGAUUUUGAUGCUCAUGUAUACUCAUCUCUGUUGAAUAUACAUAAGAGCGAAAAUGCUGGGUCACAGAAUAUGCAUAUCUUAAGCAGUUACUGAAGAAAUUUUAAUGCAUUUAUAAGAUCUGCUUUGGACCUCACUGGGUGUAUUAUGUAAUAUAUAGUAUAUAAAUCCUAUUAACUUUCUAAAAUACAAAACUAUUCCAAACUCUGAAAUACAUUUAGAUCCAAGGGUUUGGGAUGAAGGGUUGUGGAGUUGUAUAUAUGCAUGCAAAACGAACAUGUUUAGGACAGUUGAUUUCUAUGAGAUAAAUAUGAAAUUCCCAUUUCCCUCCAAUCCUCUACCCCAUCAAUGCUCAUAAAAAGGAAUCUAUGUAUUUGUUAAUCCUACCUGUCUUUCUGUUUGUGUUCAUUUGUCGUUAUAUUCUUUGUUUAGGUUUAUACAUGAAAACCAAGAGAGGGAAGAAGUGCCGAGAGUCUGGGAUAGUGAAUGGCCGUGACCCAGGAGGAUCCUUUAGAAAGGCUUUAAGGCAGUGGUGCUCAAACCCGGAUGUGCAUAGGCCUUGUUUUGGUCUCUUAGUGCUGAUGUAACACAAAUACCAGAAGUGAUUGGCUUUAAAGAAUGAAUUUAUUUUCUCACAGUCCUGAAAAGUCCAAAUCAAGGGCACUGGCUGUAGGGAAGGAUCGUUUCUUGUCGUUAGCCUUGGGCAGUUCUUGGUUCCUUGGCUUCUAGACAACCCUCACAUGGCUUCUGUCUUUCCUCAUAUGUGUGUCUCUGUGUCUAUUCUGCUGUUUUAAUAAUUCAGAAGUGAUUAGAUUUAGAACCCAUCCUACUAGGAUAUAACCUAAUUGACGUAACAAAGAAAACCCUAUUUCAAAACAGGAUCGUAUUUACAGGAAACUGUAAAAACACCAAACCCAUUGCCCUUGAGUCAAUUCCAACUUAUAGCAAUCCUAUAGGACAGAGUAGAACUGCCCCAUAGAGUUUCCAAGGAUCAGCUGGUAGAUUGGAAUUGCUGACCUCUUAACCUCUUAACCAGCUGAUCUCUUAACCACUGUGCCACCAGGGCUCCAUUUACAGAUACAGGGGCCAGGAUUUCAAUACAUAUUUUGGGGGGACACAAUUCAAUCCGUAACAGGCCUCUUGCAGAGAUUCCAACCAAGCAGGUGGGGAGUUGAAUCUUCUAACAAGCCCUGGUGAUUCCAGUACCCACAAUUUGCGGCCACACUUUGGGAAAUACCACUUCAAAGACAUUUUGAAACUUAACAGAUAAGGCCAUUGUGCUUUGCACAAGUCUGACAUCCUUAGUGUGGAGCAUGCUUUUCCUAAAAGUGACUAUGGGUUACUAGUGCAUUUCAUCUUAAACUUUGGACACUUUGAAUGGAAUGUUGUAAUAUAUAUUUGACAAGAUAACAACAUUGCUAUUUAAACCCCGUGCUCAGGGGACACUGAGCUUCUCUUACUGGUGGUAUAAUUUGGGAAGAGGUAAGGGUGAUGGUUGAACAAUAUGAUGAAAUAAUUAAUGUCAGUGAACAGUACAUGUAAAGAUUGUUGAAAUGUUAAAUAUUUUGUUACAUCUAUAUUUACCACAAUAAACAAAAUACUUUUAAAAGCUAAAAAAAAAAAGUGAAAUCCUUGCUACACAGUAGAGAGAAAAGCAGUACUCUGAGUAUGGAAAGCCUAACCAGGUUAGAAAAAAAAUUGAGUGGAAAGAAUUUUGAAAAAGUGCAUCCUUAAAGCACUUACUAGUGGUGCCUGAGGAUAUUUUCAUACCAGCCUGCAACAACUGUUUUCAAUGACAGGGAGGUGGAUAACGUUGGGUCCUUGACUUUACUGGUGACUUGCUUGUGAAAAAAUAAAGUUGCUUUGCCUGUGAACUAUAAUACUGGACCCUUUUUUUUUUUGUUUCAGAUAGACUUUAGUUCUCAUACUUGCUGUACACAAUAGCAUCCAAGACAGGGCCAGGGAUGCUCAUUUUAAUUACAGUAUGAUGAGAGUGAGCCUCAGACUUUUCCUUUCAGUACUCCAGGAUCAAAGAAUGAACUUUUUAGUGUGGGAAAAGCAGCAACAUUUCUUGUUUUUGUUUUAAAAUUUAUGCCAAUUUUGGAUUAUACUUCAUGAGGAACCAUAUGUUUGACUAUAAAAAUGUUUUGUCCUGUAUCUUUAAUACUCAUUGGUUCUUGCUACAACCCUUGGGAGGUAUUCUUACUUCAGUUUGAAAGCAAGGGUGUUGCAAUAAGUUGAAUUUGGAACUCGGCUCCAGAUAUUUUAUUUCUUUAUUAUACUUAACAGUUACCUGGAUUUGUCUUAUUUCUUUGCUUAUGGCCUUAAUGCCUGUCUCUACCUCUAGCCCCCUGCCUCAGAUAUAAAUUCCAGGAAGGCAGGGCCUCUGUCUUACUACGGAAUCCUCAGCACCUAGAGGUGCCUGGCCCAUAGAGGGUAUGCAUGCAUGUGAUGAAUGAAUGGAUGAGGGCUAUGAGGGGAUUAGGCUCCAUCAAUAUGGCAAAUGUUCUUCUCAUUGCCUGACCCCAGAUUUGGCCUAGGAAUCCUUUGCGGCACCACACUCCAGGCCACCAGCCCCAAUCAAUAAAAGAUGACACUAAUUGAAACCUGUAUCCCUGGACUACAUGACCUCAGGGUUCUCUAAUGCUAAUAUUCUUUGAUUCUUUGUAUCAGAAUGUAAAGUUGCUAAGACAUUUAAAAUGGACCUUUAAGGAAAAGAUUUAGGGAAAAAUAUGGAGCCUGGGUGGUGCGAGCAGUUUGUGAUUAGCUGCUAACAUAAAAGUUGGCAGUUUGAACCCACCCAGUGGCUCUGUGGAAAAAAGACUUGACAAACUGCUUCUGCAAAGAUGAUAGUCAAGAAAACCCUAUGGAGCAGUUCUACUCUGUAACACAUGGUGUCACCAUGAACCUGAACCAACUUGAAAAUUACAUUUUUUUUUUUAUGCCCUAUUUAAGAAGUAUAAAAAGUAUCCAAUGUGGCAACAAAACUUUGCUUUAAAUAACCAUAAAGUCAGGCAUUAUAAAGAAAAUCAUUUUCCCAUACAAUUACCAUUGUAAUUAGGGAGAUAUAUCACUGACCAAAGAUUGGUCUCAUAAAAUUGCUGAAAGAAAAAAACUGUGUUUUUAAGUGAAGACACAGCAAAAAUGUGUAUUGUGUAUAUAUUGGCCUCAGUGUGCUAAUGCACAUACCAAACUGAAACAUCUGACUAGUUUGCACAUCCAUUACACAUUCAGUUAAUAGAGCUUCUACAGGCUCUUGGGUGGCCUACCUCUCAGCUGUGUUCAGGCAGAAUCAGUAACGUUUGUUACCUUGUGUAUCCUGAGCCUCACACACUCCUGCCACUCCCACCUCCUGGAGUUCGGACGGUAGCCAGAUCAAAGCCACCUUUUUUUUAGAACAUAUCCCCAUUUUUUCCAACCCCUGGCAUUUUAACACGGGAUGUGGGAACAAAACAUUUGAUGUGGAGAAUAAAGAAUUUUUUUUUUAUGUGAAAAAUUUCAAGUAUACCAGAGGUAGAAAACUGUACAGUGAACUUCCGUGUACGUGUCAUCCAGGUUGGACCAGUACCAAGAUUUUGCUGCAUUUGCUCCAUCUCUUUUUCCCUCUUUUCUUUUGCUUGACUGUAGUAUUUUUUUAUUAUUGGUCAAUAUUUUAUUUUAUUGACUGGAUAAUAGACACUGUGUAAUGACUAAUUUAGAUACAUUGGCAUACCGUUGAAAUUAAUCUACAGUAUAUUAACUAGUUCAAAGCUAAGCAGCCCUGGUGGCGCAACAGUUAAGCGCUUGGCUGCUAACCAGUUAGCAGUUUGAAUCCACCCAGCAGCUCUGCAGGAGACACCUGGUGAUCUGCUCUUGUGAAGAUUACAGCCUGGGAAGCCCUAGGGGGCAGUUCUCUUCUGUCAUAUGAAUCAAAACUCAACUGAACGGCUCCUAACAACAGCAAUUACAAAGGUAAAGCUUAUGAACUGUCAGAUAAGGUAGUUAUACUCUCAGAGUUCCACACUACAAUAGUCAUUUCAUGCCAUGUAUUCUUCAAGUUACCAAUCUAAAAACAUGAUUUUAUUCAUGGGAAAUUGCAGAAGUUUAAAGACAAAUGUUUUUCUUUCUAAGUUGUUUCCCUACACAUUCAUACUACAUUUUUAAAAUUGAGGUGUCACACACCAGAAAGUUCACCUUUUUAAAGUAUCUAUUUCAGUAGUUUUUAGUAUACUCAUGGAGUUGUGUAACUAUCAACAUUAGUCUAAUUGUAGAACAUUUUAUCACCCCAAGAAGCUAGCUGGUAUUUUGCUAAUUACAUUGAAACUUGCAACACUGAACUCAUUUAUUCUACUAGUUUUUUAGUGAAUUCCCUAGGAUUUUCUAUAUACCGGAUCAUGUCAUCUGUGACUGCUGUGUGUGGCCCCUGAAGUCCGCUGGUUAGCUAAGUCAGCUGAUGACUGCACAGAGACUUAGUAAGUGCCUUGAGCCAAUAAAGCCUUUGCCAAGGGCUCUGUGUGAGUUGGAGUUUGCCUUCAAUGCCCUGGCAGGCAGUUUACAAGCUUGUCUUCACUUCCUGCCUGUGCAAAGCCUCAAAGGCCAGCCAGAGGUGAGAUAUUAGGGCCUUCUUAAUUAUUUCCCAUGUCCUAAAUUCCCAGGAAUAUGACAGAACUUUUCAAAGCUGCCUAUGCACAUCUUAUAUUCCAGGUUUCCCUUUUAAAAAACUUUCGGUCAGUUGUUUGACCCAAUUGCAACCCAUGUUAAACAAUUGCCACUUACUUUUCAGACAAACGUCCUGGGGGAGCGCUGGCCACACUGAGUGAGCUCUGGGUUCGGUCCAAUAAAAUCGAGUCUUGUUAAGGGGGGCUUCCAGAGAACUGCCAGACAUGUCAAAUAAUGGCAGUACUCCAAGGAUGAUGUUUUCGAGGAGCUUCAAGCCAAUUCUGCUCUUUCUGAUGGCUGCUGGAUGCUGGUUCUCCCCAGGACUGUGGAACUGUUGGUUUCAGUGCUAUAGAAAGUGCGAUAAAAUGGGGCAAAGCUUCUGUUCUAAUCACGAUUCAGCUGUUUUUCUCGAAUACUACUCAAAUUGUUGUAAGCCUUUGGUUAAUUUUAAGGCAAGGCUUCAAACUGGUUGCAAAUGGUUCAGUCAUAGCUGAUAAAGUGAAACCUGAACAGCUUGAGGUUUUUAAACUUAGGUGGUACAGCUAGAAAGACACUACCUACCUAAACUAACACAAACUGAGAUAGAAAAUCUGAACAGACGCAUAACAAGAGAAGAGACUGAAGGGAUUAAAAAAAAACUCCCCAUCCCUGGCCCCCCAAAAAAGCCCUCCCAUGGACAGCUUCACUGGAGAAUUCUACCAAACGUUUAGAGAAGAGUUCACACCAGUGCUACGCAAAAUAUUUCAGCAUAGAAAAGGAAGGAAUACUCCUGAAUUCUUUCUAUGAAGCCAGCAUAACCCUGAUACCAAAGUCAGGGAAAGACAGUACAAGAAAAAAAUUGCAGAUGAAUAUAGAUGCAAAAAUUUCCAACAAAAUUCAAGCCAAUAGAAUUCAGCAUCGUAUCAAAUAUAUAUAUACACACCAAGACCAAGUGGGAUUCUUACCAGGUAUGCAAGAAUGGUUCAUCAUUAGAAAAUCAAUCUCUGUAAUCAACCACAUAAAUAAAAGAAUCACAUGAUCAUCUCAAUUGAUGCAGAAAAGGCAUUUGAUGAUGUCCAACAUCCAUUUCUGAUAAAAAUUUAGCAAAAUAGGAACAGAAGGGAAAUUUCUCAACAAAAUAAAGGGCAUCUAUACAAAACCAACAGCCAACAUCAUACUGAAUGGAGAGAGGCUGAAAACAUUCCCUGGGAACAGGAACAAGUCAAGGAUGCCCUCAUGACCACUCCUAUUUAACAUUGUGCUGGAAGUCCUAGGUAGAGCAACAAGGCAAGAAAAGAAAUAAAUGGCAUCCAAAUUACAAAGAAAGAAGUAAAACUACCCCUAUUUGCAGGUAAUAUGAUCCUAUACAUAGAGAACCCCAAUGACUCCACAAGAAAACUACUGGAACUAAUAGAAAGAUUCAGCAGAGUAUCAGGAUACAAGGUCAACAUAAAAAAAUCAGUUGGGUUUUUAUACACCAAUGAAGGGAACUUCCUAAAGGAAAUUAGAAAAACAAAUACCAUUUAUAAU